AGGAAGGACAUUAUGCCAGGCGAUGCCGCAAAGCACGGAAGUUAUUCUGUUGGGAGUGCGGUCGAGCCAAUGUCCGCACGAUCGAAUGCUGUCGCCGGCGUCAGGGAAACGGCGGAGGGCUCCACCAAGAACACGGCGCGGUGAGCCCACCGAACCCAGCGCCGAGACGCCCAUAACCAUGCGUCAGGAUCACGGUCGACUGUACGCCCUGGUCUACUUGGGUAGGGAGCUAGUCGAGGCCGUCAUCGAUACCGGCGCCUCGAAGAGUUUCAUAUCCACCACUCUAGCGGAAUAUAUGGCAACCGUAGGAAGCGCAGAAAGAAUAACGGUAGCCCUCGAGGUACAUAUGGCCGACGGUACCAGUAGCAAGGUUUUCGAGGCCAUGAAGAUCGAGGUUUGUCUCGGACAAGCGAUGCACCACGCAGUGCUAUACAUCAUGCCAGGCGCAAUAGACGACCUCAUACUCGGCCUGGAUACGGUGGGAAGCAUGGGAGCUGCAGUAUCCUGUGGCGGUCAACACGUCGUACUCACCGAACCGACUACACAGCCGGCACCGCCCGUUACCUCACAGACCACGGAGGAUAGCACCGCAACCGCACGGAAGAACUACAGAAGUUUGAGACCAUGA